AUGCGUUCCUCCACCCUCCUUGUUGCACUUACCUCUGCGGCUAUUCCCGCCGUCCAGGCUCACGGCCAUGUCAGCGGCGUCACUGUCAACGGAAAGUGGACUCCUGGAUCGGAUCCCUCGUGGUACUACCUCCCCGCCGAUCAGAGGAAAGACAGCGCCGGUUGGAAUGCCUUGAACCAGGAUAACGGCUUUGUCGAGCCUAACUCCAUGGGCACCGCGGACGUCAACUGCCACAAGGCCGCCACUCCUGGCAAGCUGUACAUUGAUGCCAACGCUGGUGAUGCCGUCACGUUCUACUGGAACACCUGGCCUGAUACCCACAAGGGCCCCAUCAUCAACUACAUCGCCCCCUGUGAUGGUGACUGCACCACCAAAUCCCCCUCCUCCCUCCGCUGGUCCAAGAUCUCCCAAGGGGCCUACAACGGCAAGACCUGGGUCACCGACGACCUCGUGAAGAACAACUUCACCUCUACGGCCACCAUCCCCCGUAACCUCAAGGCCGGCAACUACGUCAUCCGCCACGAGAUCAUUGCUCUGCACUCCGCCCAGAGCCCCAACGGCGCCCAGCUGUAUCCUCAGUGCUUGAACCUCAGGGUCGGUGGAAGCGGGUCUGUCGCACCCACGAGCGGUGUUCCGGGCACGAGCCUGUACAAGAAGGAUGAGGCCGGUAUCGUCUUCAAUCUUUACACGAGCUUCACGACCUAUCCUAUUCCGGGACCGGCGCUGUGGACUGCAGCGAACUAA